AUGUUUCAUACGUGUUUAAAGUCGAUCAUCUUCUUCAGUAUAUUAUUAUUUGCUUCAUUAUUAUCAUUAUGUAUAUUAUAUCCUAUUCUUUGGCUAUUAAUCACUAGAGAAACACGUUUAAAUCCAGGAUCAACUAUAUACACUGAAUGGUCAGAACCUUCAAUACCUAUUUAUAUACAAUUUUAUUUUUUUAAUUUAACAAAUCCAAUUGAAUUUCAAUCUGGUCAUAAACCUCAUCUUAAACAAUUAGGACCAUAUACAUAUCUUGAAAAAUGUAUGAAAUUCAAUAUUACACAAAUAAAUGAAACAAUUACUUAUCAAGAAAUAAAAUGGUAUUAUUUUGUUCCAAAUUUAUCAAAUGGUACAGAAAAUGAUAUGAUCACAACUAUAAAUCUUGCUUAUAUAACCAUAGCAACUAAAUUCAAUGAGUUGCCAUGGUUACUAAGUAGAAUUAUUGAAGAAAUUGAAAAACAUUUUCAUGAAUAUUUAUUCAUUAAAAAAUCUAUUAAACAAUUAUUAUGGGGUUAUAAUGAUGAAUUAUUAACAUUUAUAUCAAAUUAUUUUAUGAAUAUCACAACAACUAUUGGUUUAUUCAUUAAUAAGAAUAAUACAUUCAGUGAUUCUAUUACAAUUAAUAAUGGUUUAUAUAAUCAUAAACUGAUUGGUGAAAUUAUUAAAUAUAAUGGAAAGAAUAAAUUAUCUUAUUGGAAAACAUCUACAGCGAAUAUGAUUAAUGGUACUGAUGGUUCAUUAUUUCAUACCUUUUUAACUAUAAAUGAUAAUCCUUAUAUAUUUGCAUCAGAUAUAUGUCGAUCUAUACAAUUUACUAUAGAUUCUAUAGUGAAAUUCAAUCAUUUACCAGUUUUCAAAUUUAUUCCCAUGUUAGAUACAUUUAAAUCACCGAAAUAUUAUGAAAAAAAUAAAGGAUUUUGUUUAGAUUGGCCUAAUUGUUAUGAUGAUGGUGUAUUAGAUAUGUCAUCAUGUCAACCUGGUAUACCAAUUGCUGUAUCACAACCACAUUUUCUUAAUGCUAAUCAAUCUUAUCAGAAUGCUAUUGAUGGAUUAUAUCCAACAGAUGAGCUCAAUACAAUGAUUUAUAUAGAACCAUAUACUGGUUAUGUUAUUAAAGCGGAAAAAAAACUUCAAAUGAAUAUCUUUAUUAAAAAUAAUCAAAAUUUUCAACAACUUGAAAAUAUUUCCAACAUUUUAUUACCAAUUAUGUUUAUUAAUGAAUCGAUUGAAUUAAAUCAUACAGUAAUCAAUCAAUUACAUAAUAUAUUAAUACAAAACCCAUACAUAGCAACAAUUAUAUUAUUGAUUAUGAUUACAUCAUUUAUAUUGAUUAUAGGUUUUAUUAUUUCAUUAUAUUUUUAUCAAACUAAUAGAAAUCCCCCUGUGUAUACACGAUAUAUUAAUGAUGAAGAUAAUAAUCAGGAAUAUGUACAAACGAAUAGUACUUCUGUAGAGAAUAUACAAAGUAAACAAGAAGAGGAAAAACAAGAAGAAGAAGAAGAAGAAGAAGAAGAAGAACACCAACGACAACGAGAAGAGGAACGAAUAACAAUAGCGAAUAAUCAACAAAAUCUUGUAGUUUAAUCCAUUUAUUUUAAUGAUAUUCUAAAUAUGAUUGAAUGAAGCACAGGAUAGAUUUGAUCUGAUUUGAUUGUUUAAAUGUUAUAUAUAUAUGUAUACAUCAAUAUAUAUUUGCUUGAUGAUUUUAAUUAGUCUAUCUUGAAGAAGUUGGAACCAGUUCUGAUGGAUAGAAUGAACAAAAUCCUGUAACAUGAUUGAUCCUUCUAAUGAUUUCAAAUAAUAAAGAGAUUCUAAAUAUAAUUGAAUGAAGCACAGGAUAGAUUUGAUCUAAUUUGAUUAUGAAAAUUUUAUAUAUAUAUAUAUAUAUAUUUAAUGAUUUUGACUGUUCUAUCCUGAAGAAGUUCAGACUAGUUCUAAUGGACGAAAUCAACAAAAUUCUAUAGCUUGAUUAAUCCAUUUAAUGAUAUCAAAAUAAUAAACAUCGUCAAUGUCAUUGAUAUGUUAUCAUAUUUUUCAUUCAUUUAAAUUUGAUUAUUCCAUAUUCUUUUUAUAAUAUGGAUUUAUAUAAAUAAAUAGUCAAUGGAUAUAAACAGUUAUUUAUACAAUUGCCCAUUUAUAUUUCAUAUUCUUGUUUCUGUUUGUUUGUUUGUUU